AGCUGGCUAUUGUGACAUUACUUUUACUUGUGACACCGGGGAACUAGCAACGAUGUGUGUUAUUCAGGCAUAUUUACUUAGCGCGCUUGUGGUGGCGUCUUCAGCCCAUUACGCCUGGGACCCGUACAUGCAGUACAGGCAAUACGCACAGGCACAGGCGCAGGCGCAGGCCAGGCAAGACCAGGCAGAUCAACAGCUGCAGGCAUCAGACUUCAGUGGCGGCUACGAACAAAACUCCGGGUCUGACGGCCACGACUUCGGAGGCCAAGGUGACUACGGCGGCACUCAAUAUUUCGGUGGGCAUGGAUUCAGUGGGCACGACCUGAAGGCCCACUCAUAUCCAGUCCACCAACACGUGGAAGAAGAGCACCCAGAAGAGAUAAAGCAUUACAAAGAAGUCGUUGUACCAAUCCCUAAAAACGUAGAGUUCAAAAUCAACCAGCCUAUCCUCAUUCCGGUGCCCCACCCCGUUCCUAUUCAAGUGCCAGUGCCAAAGGCGGUCGUUAUACCUAUUAUUAAAGAGGUUUCUAUUCCCGUUGAGAAGUCGGUACCAUAUCCCGUAGAGAAACAGGUACAUGUACCAAAAAUUAAGGAAGUGCCGUUUGAGGUAGUGAAGCAUGUUAUCGUGCCAGUUGAGAAACCUGUGCCUUUUAAAGUACCUGUUUAUGAAACCAUCAUACAUACUAAGAAAGGUUCCCAUAAGAUUUAAGCAGUCUGAUAAUUUUAGUUUUCUUCCCACCUCUUGGCUGAAACUAUGUACAUUCUUCUAAAUACUUACAGGUAUUUAUAUACCCUUCUACACUAAAUCUUUGCUUUACUUAAAAAAUAAUGUUAUUAGCCGUUUGAACUGAUUUUUUUUUAAUAGCUAUUAGAACAGGUUAAAUGCAUUAAACAUCAAAAUAUGAACCGAUAAAUCUAUUUGUGGGUGAAUGUGUAACAAUAUUAUUUAUUUCAUUACUUUGUAUUAAACCUAGUGCGUGACUUUCUUUUUGUGUACAAUAAUAUAUUGUGAGUGUGAUUGUGUCAUGUUUGUGUAGAUAUUUAGUACUAAGAUAGAAUAUAAAUCAUUGUUACUGUU